ACUGUCUCAAUGGAAAUGGUACCAGCCUGGGUCCCGGCAGUGGGUUUCACACUCCUGCCCCAUACAGGAGGAUUUUUAGGAAGCAACAUAACCAAAAAGGAAAUCCCAGUGUGGUAUGAAGCUCUACAGAAGCCAUCUUGGUGUCCCCCUAACUGGGUGUUUGCUCCUGUUUGGGGAACCCUCUAUACAUCUAUGGGAUAUGGCUCCUACCUGGUGUGGAAGGAACUGGGAGGCUUCAGUGAAAAGUCAGUGGUUCCUCUGGGUCUGUAUGCAGGGCAGCUGGCAUUAAACUGGGCAUGGACUCCCAUAUUUUUUGGAGCUCACAAAAUGGGAUGG